AUGUUAUCCGGAGAAAGUAAGCUGCUUCCUGAAAAUCAACGGAACGGCGGGGAUCCACAUUGGUGUCAAAGGUGUCAGGAGUUCCUCCUUACUCGCGUGGAUAGGAGAUCAGUGAAACUCAAGGAUUCCUCAAACGUUAGACUCAAAUGGCAUAAGAGACGUGAAAGGAAAGCUGAUAUUUCUGGAUGGCAGCGAAAAUUGCGUAUCCUCGUGGUCUCCAAGCCCCCUCAGAUCGAUUGGGCAUACAAUUUGGGAAUAAUUGAGUUAUCGACGAAGAAUGCAAAAAAUGACUUGCCUGGAGUUAAAAUGUGUGGAUUACUCGACUCUCUGAUCUCUUUGGUCUCACAUGGAAGAGCUGGAUUUGUGGAUUAA